ACGUUUCAUUCAUGAUCGUCGGGCACGAAGCAAGCUAUAAUACAUCUCUAAGUUGUAUUGUAAACGGGGUAGACCGCGUUAGUGCUGCCGAUGUGCGUGCGCCUCGCAGUCGUACACGUGAUUAUUACUCUUUUGUGCUACGUGUUUUUGUUUCGUGUUUUACGUGCAUUACAACACUUUGGUUUAACCUUUAUAUAUACCUGCCUCGCGCUACUCGACUCUAUUAAACGGACAUCAUGGAUAUGGAAUCCCUGUACGAUUACGGGGAGGAGGAACAGGAUUUUUACGAAGAAAAUCCUGGCACCCGAAAAGGUGGCUAUCCUAUCGAUCACAGAUGGAUCAAACGCGAUGUACGAGGCGUGGGCGGCUUCUUAGGGGGCGGCAGCAUUAGCGACGGCGGCGGCAUGCUGAUGGUAAUGGCAAAAUUGAUGAAACAAGAGCUCGCCUCCGAUGCCGAAGAAGAAGGGCUGGUGCCAGCCCUACCCGGGAGAUUCACCAGCAUGCGAAAGGUGCCAUCGUUAUCAGACCUCUCCGAUCCAGAAAGUUCCUUAGGUGUCUUCCUCUUGUGGAACUUGGUCGAAGUUUGCGUCACGUCAAAGGAUCAACAACUUUUCAAUCAAAUCGUUCGUCUGAAUCAUAUACCGGCACAAGUGCCGCCAUUAACGCCUGGUACCAACAAAAAAAUGACAGAGGCCCUAGAGGCCUCUUUCGCUUCUUGGGAGAAGGAACGAGUACGUCUAAAUAUAACGAAAGACCCAAGGCAAUGGUCGGAAGCAGCUGUCGCCCACUGGUUGCAUUGGGCUAUCGGUGAAUUUUCGUUGGAGGGUGUGGCCAUGCAACCCUGGCAGCACAUGACCGGAAAACAGAUUUGCGCUAUGGGAAAGGAACCCUUUUUAGCACGUGCCCCGGCCUUCAUGGGUGACAUUCUAUGGGAACACCUCGAAAUACUUCAGAAAGAUGUCGAUGCUGAAAAGGCCUCAUUGGAGAACACUACGGCGAAUAACUUGUACGAGAGCGUAUGCGUCCCGGAUUUAGGUGAUUUUUUGGGAUAUCAGGAUUCAUCCGGUCAUCAGGAACACAAGAGUCCAGCUACAACACCGGCUAAUUCUAACAGCACUAACUCGUCCGGCCAAACGCACGGUCCUACCACUCAGGCAACAGCCCCUACGACGCAACAGCCAUCGUCCGGCGCCGUUUCUUUGGCUUCGAGACAAUAUCAUAACGACGGAGGUUAUGCGCAUCUACGCAGUCCCGUUUGUCAGGAUGAAAGUCAAAGGGAAGAGACUUCGCCACCACCUCACAGCCAUAGUACACAACCUCCUAAUUCUCAUUCCAGUACACCCACGGGGAAUAACAACAAUAACAAUAACAAUAACGCAAAUAAUGCUUACAUACACCUACGAAAUUUAAAUGAACUCAAAACGGAAUCUAACUACAGCAGCCACCAUAUAGCGGCGGAACACUUACAAGGAGGAGCCGGCGGAUUGGCUAGUGGCGGUGAUCUCGGUGCAACGGGGACCAAUGAGAGCGAACUUAGGGUUAGCAAUACUGGGACGACGGAAGAUUAUAUUACACCCGCGCAUUAUUCUGGAUAUGAUGAGGCCUCUGAUUAUCACGGUCUAUCGCAGGAUCAUCAAACUCCUCAUACCUAUAAUCUGGAUAGUUCGCCAGAAUUUUACAGUACCAGUGGUAUUCACCUAGAACCGAAGUAUCAGCCAUCGCCGUUCAAAAAUUAUCCUCGAGCGAGAUAUCACGAAGGAUACAGUGAAAGUGGGGGAUACAGUCAAUACGAUGCGACACCAUUUCAGACGGUUCCUGGAAGUGGAAAUACAGCUACUGGAGCUGCUGGUGUUGGAAGUGAACAGUGGGGUGUUGCACCUAUCGGUGAACAUCUUUCUCAUCAUCCAGCGUUUAUCGCGAGUCUUGGCUCGAGAGAUUCAUCUGGUGCUCAUCAUCCACCUUCCAUUGGUAGUAACGCCGAUCAAAAGCCUCUCCUACAGAGUGCAAUGAUCGCAGCUAGUUAUACCGGUGAUAAUUGUGCAGGUGGUGGUCCAUAUUUCACAGGUUCAGGACCAAUACAACUCUGGCAAUUUUUAUUGGAACUAUUGACCAAUAAAUCAUGUCAGAGUUUCAUCUCGUGGACGGGAGAUGGUUGGGAAUUCAAACUUACGGAUCCCGAUGAAGUUGCACGACGCUGGGGUGUUCGCAAAAAUAAGCCUAAAAUGAAUUACGAAAAAUUAAGCCGCGGUCUCCGAUACUAUUACGAUAAAAAUAUUAUACACAAGACCGCUGGGAAGCGUUACGUCUAUCGUUUCGUUUGUGACUUACAAAAUCUAUUGGGAUAUAGUGCCGAACAACUCCAUGCAAUGGUGGACUUGAAACCGGAAAAGAAGGAAGAAGACUGAGCUUUCUAUAAUGAAUGUGUUGUUUUAGGACAAUGUUACUGAUUAUAAACGAAUAUAACUAAUUUCUACGGCAUCGUGCAAAGAGAGUUUAACAAGAGGAAUUUAAAAAAAAAAAAAAAAAGAAAAAGAAAAAAAAAAGAAAGAAAGAGAAAGAGAGUAAUAACAUAAAAGAAAGAUAUAAAUAAUAAAAGAAGAGAUAAAGAACGAAACAAACGCACGAGAGUACGAAUAAAAUAAUAAUUGUUUAAAUUGCAGAAGAUCAUUGUUCUGUGUAUCCUUUAUUUGAAAAGAAAUGAUGAUAUCGAUUCGGUCGCAUGUACCAAAGACAGGGUCUGCAUACCAUUGGUGCCUAAAGUUUUAAUGACUAAAUUGUGAGCUUCUUCCUAGGUGAGUGGGAUACACCAGGGCAGAGAUUCUGUGUCAGAAACUUUUUGCUAGAUCACCUGAUUUAGAAUCGACCAAGUGUGUGUGUCUUACCGAAGAAAAAAAAAAAAAAAAAAAAAAAAAAAAAGAAGAAGAAAAAGAAAGAAAGAGAAAAGAAAAGAAAGGAAAAAAAAAAGAGAGAAAAAAGGAACAAAAGAGAAAGGAAAUGGAAAAAUAUAAAUAAUAAAAGAAAUAAAAAGCAAACGAAUAAUCGUUGAAAAUUGUGGAAGACCAUUGUUCUGUGUGUAUCCUUUGUUUUAAAUGAAAUAAUAAUAAUAUCGAUUCGGUCGCACGUACCAAAGACAGGGUCUGCAUACCAUUGGUGCCUAAAGUUAAUGACUAAAUUGUGAAAAUUCUUCUCUAAGUGAUUAUAUCAUUUGCCGAAGCGUCAUAAUUUAGAUGAUAUAUUUAUAGGAGUAUAACUCAAUAUUUUAUACAUGUUAUAUAUAUAUGUAUAUAUAUGUAAUGCGUGCAUGUGUGUGCGCACUCAGGCGCAUGUGUGUCUUUUCUCGUAUAUAUGCAUAAAUGCAUGCAGUCUUACAACACGCAUACAUAUAUACAUACGUACAUACACACGCACACAUAGAGUGUCAAGAACUUUCUGAUAUAUUAUACGGUGUAACAGUGUAGGAAAAUAGUGUGCAUGGGAGUCCUCGAAUGUGUCUAAUGACGUCUAAUGAAAUACGGACGUCUCUAUCAUUUCUUCAGGGCAUCUUGAAUGCUCUGUGUACAUACAUAAAUACAUAUAACUCUAUGUAUACCCGCCCACACACACACAUUUAUAUAUAAGCAUAUAUAUAAAUAAAUAAAUAUAUAUAUAUACAUAUAUACAUAUAUAUAUAUAUAUAUAUAUAUAUAUAUAUAUGUGUGUUUUCUUCAUGUUACAUGAAUUAUAAACACUACAACAUCGUCUAUUCGAUGCAUCUAAAUUAUUUAUAUACUUUCAUCUUAUAACAUGUGUGUUAUAUAUCUCGUUAAUAGAUGACACGAUAUGUGAUUGUUAUUAUUAUAAUUUUACUACAAUGAACUCCUCCUUUAUAUAUAUGUUGAUGAUCAGGCUCUACUAAGAUUAAUUUUUCACAAUAUUAAUAUUUACUUAUCUUCUAAUUAAGUGCUCGACUUGUAGUAGACACAGGAAAGGAUCUACAUAUUUUUGUUUGCAAUAAAGGUCGUUACACGAUUAUCGCGCAAUUUCAUUAAAAGGAAUCUUUUUUCUUUUUCUUUCUUUUCUUUCUUCUUUUUUUUUUUUUUUCUUUUUUUAUAGAUAGAAAGAUUAUGCCGUUUAUAUGUUACUUUAUAAGAAUAUCUAUUAUAGAAUGUAAUUUCCUGUUAAUGCAAUGAAAGCGAUACAGUAAAAGAAAACUUUAUAAUGCCUUUAAUAUAUUUUUUGAAAUAAAAUUCUCACUAUUAUCUUUAAUACAUAUAUAUAUAUAUAUAUAUAUAUAUAUAUAUAUAUAUAUAUAUACACAUACAUACACACACGUGUCAUAAAAAUCUUUAUUAUUUUACGACGAUGUUACUGAUACAUUUAAAAAAUCAGACAUAAAGGACAGUGUCUCGCGCCAAAUAUGUCUGUUUUAAUUUCAAUAAGAAUAUAGAACCAUAUAUAACGAUACAUAUAAUCUUUGUCUGUGUUAUAGCAUAUGCUUUCACAUUUGAUGUAAUUAAAAUACUAAUAUGACCUUAUGGUACCUGCAAUAAUUUUCGCAUAACAAUCAUAGAUAAUUUGGAAAUUAUUAUAUAUGUCGGUAUGAUAAUUUUGGAUAUUUUAUUUCAUAAAAUGUUUUAUUAUGCAUUGGUAAAAUUAUAUUGAAUUAAUGUUGUACAGAUUAUGUUAUAUGUCAAAGGAUGUACGUUAAAUUGACCACUGUGAAAUUACGUAUAGUAAUAAUAUCUCUUUACAUUCGGUGAUUGGUAAAUGAAAACAAACAAACAAAAAAAAAAAAAAAGAAAAGUUUAAUCUGUUUAAAAGUGAUACCAUAAUGGUUAUAUUAUAUCUUGUAUAAGAAAGACGUAUGCUCUUAUUUCUUAUGCACGAAGAACAAACUUGUACAUAACGAUGAACUAUUUAUUGUACUUGUUCACUAAAUUUUCUUAGUUUUCAAUCGACAAUAAUUUAAGCAUAGUGUGUCUAUUGUACAUUACACUUUUUUAGUAUUCUUGGAAGAACACCAAUAACAAGACACAUGUAAAAUAAAAAACUUAAUACUGACGAAGGUCACACAAUUGAA